GUGGGUGGGGGGUGUUCGUACCUUUCAGCUGUUUAAUCCCAUUUGUUCACUCCUAACCUGUCUGACGUUGAUGUGCAUCUACUGUGUAACCGCUUUCAGGGCUGCAGUGGUGUGGGGGACAGAGACCGAGGGUGGGGGGGGGGCUUUUACUUUUUCCUGUUGUAGUUGGUUAAAGUUUGAAGCAUGACGCUUGUAAGAUGCAACGUUAACAUGCCUAUUGUACAACAGCUUUUACUUCAGUUUUUUUCCUCAGAUAUUAAACUGAUACUCUUAAAUUGUUGUGUUUUCAUUUCUGGAAAUGUCUGGUCUCUCUGCAAAUGAAUGAAAAGCUCACUACUGAUAUUCUGAGAGAAGUUGUUACAAAACGGUUUGCCAUUGUAUGUGUAUCACGCGAGCCCAGUGCCAUUUUUACCAGGUAAUACAACUUAGAAAGGAAACCUAAAGGAGUCACGUUUUCCGUUCCCGCAUCGCCUCUUGCAAUAUGGUGACCUCGUGUGGUUGAAAUGUGUAAUGACAGACGGUAUCCUUAUGGAGGAAGUCUGUCACUGAAAAGAGACCGCGCACUGGGCUGGUGGCUGUAAAGGGAGUCGUCCAGCUCAAAUGCUCAUAAACGCCCCUACCCAAAAAAACGCCCAUCGUUGCCGUAACCGUCAUGGCACUGCUGCCAUUCAUCAUCUGCAUCUGGAUGCUCUCCCCAAGUCUGUCAAGUGGGACCAGGUUCGUUUACAAGUUCCCUGGGUCGGCGGUAAAAUACAUCCCGUCGGAGCGAUGCGCUACCCCCCCAGGUGGCAGCUCACACCACAGAAACUGGUGCCAGUACACCGUGCUGAAGACCGUGUCCUGCCAAGUGCACAACAGUUACAGGCCCCGGCUCCUGCCCACGUACCAUGUGGGGUACCGGCAGGUGAUGGCCCUGGAGUGGCGCUGCUGUCCUGGCUUCAUGGGCGAGAACUGCAGUGAGGAGUGCUUGAAUUGCACCAACUACACCAACAUGACGGACAGACUGACCCACAUCGAGUCCAAGAUAAAACAGCUGGAGAGCACUAAACCUCCUCCAUCUGUUAACGGCCUUCCUGAGGUGUCAACCGAGAACGAAGUGGAUAGACCUCACCCCACCCCUAGUGGCCCCCAGGGGCCCCACCUGCCAGGACCCAGAGGCCCCCCAGGUCCACCUGGACCUCAAGGAAACCCUGGGUCAAUUGGCUUCCCAGGACCCAAAGGAGAAAUGGGCCCCGCAGGACUGCCUGGCCCAGUAGGCAACCCAGGGCCAAAAGGAGACCAAGGAUACCCAGGAGAAUCCGGGCCGCCAGGACCCCCAGGCCUCCCCGGGCCGUUGGCUCGCUCUCCUGUCAGAGGAGAUAUGUUCGAUGAAGAUGCUCCUCCUUUGCAUGGCCCCCCUGGACCCCCCGGUCCUCCUGGGCCUCCAGGUCCCACUGGGCUCCCAGGCUCCCCGGGACCCGCUGGAGUGCCAGGCAUUCUGGGCUCGGUUGAACAUGACGGCAAGGAAGGCUAUUUGGGCAAACCUGGCCACCCGGGACCCAAAGGAGACCCAGGGUCCAUGGGACCCCCUGGACUGGUUGGUGAGCAGGGCCUGCCGGGUGCUCCAGGGCCCAAGGGUGAGCCAGGACAGAGCAUAGUGGAGAGUGAAGCUAUACAGCAAUUAAGGGAGGCCUUGAAGAUCCUGGCGGAGCGAGUUAUUAUCCUGGAGAACAUCGUCCCCCGAGAGAGUACGGUGGAACCUGGAUCCGGGCAGGAUAUCCUCAGUGACCUGUCCCUCCUGCCCAUGGAACAGGCAAGAAAAGUGGAGACCAUUGGCUAUUCUUCCUCACUCCUGCGCGCCAGUCACCCAGUUGGGAAGACCAGAGAGAGGCGAAAUCGCAACUGACGAAUAAAACGCAACUAAUCAGCUGGUUGGGGGGGGGAGGGAAGAGAGAGCAGGUGGGGACUCAGAACUCGGAGUACUGGUUUUACUGGAAUUGAUGGGGAACAGCGAGUGGUCAGGUUUAUUCAGAUAUUGGUGGAUAUGACUCCUGGCCUUAAUCCUGCCUGUUCUGUUUACUGUAUCUUCUGUGGAUGUCUUAGGAUGUGUGAUAUUAAUGCUCUUUUUCACGUUCUUUUCCUUUCUGGUGUUUAACCUCACACCCUGUGUGUUCCCCUCGGUGCCAGGACCAGCUCAGGGCCCCUCCAGCAUUAAUCAGUAUGUGUGCUGUCUCUCAUGGUCCCCAACGUGACCGUUUCAGAGCAGACCACUGGUUUCGCUCACCGGGGCUGACAGGGACAUGGCAGGUACUGGGGGAGCUGAUGCAAGAUUUUUCUUCACUUAUUCAGUAUCAGAUUUUAUUUCAUAUUUAAAAUCCUUUCUGAAAUGUUUGCUUAUUCCUCCAGACAGAUCACCUGUUUCCUCCCAGACAGACUGCCUUUUUACCCCCAGACAGACUGCCUUUUUACCCCCAGACAGACUGCCUUUUUACCCCCAGAAAGACUGCCUUUUCCCUCCAGAGAGAUUGCCUUUCUACCCCCAGACAGACCAUUUCUUUGCCCCCAGAAAGACCUCCUAUUUGGCCCCAGACAGAUAGCCUGUUUCCCCAAGGAUCUUGCAUUCUUUCUCUUGUCGUUUGAGACCUGCAUUUUGUAUAGAUAAUAUCUAACUUUGAUAAGUAUUUUAUAUAUAUAUAUAUAUUUGUAUAUACAUAUAUACAUACAUGUAUUUGCUGUAAUCUGAGAUGGACAUACAGUCCAGGCGUGAUAUUUGGCUGAGUUAUCAGUAUCACUGAGUUAUGAUGUAACAGUCCUACAGUUGGGCCCAAUGGCUUCUUUUGAGAUGCUGGUUAUUUGAUUGAUUUAUUGAUUGAUUGAUCUGCCAGCUCCUCAUUCACUAGCCAUUUAAACACGUAUCGCUCUGAAGUCUUCCUCACGGAAUGUGUUCCGUCACUGUAAAAGUCAUACUGUAACUCCCAGCCACAAAUCAUUAAAGUUCCUUUUCCCCCCA